AUGUUCGACCUCUUUGCCAUGCUCUUGUCCUCCAUCGCCUCGUUCCUCUUUCCGAUAUUCGCUUCGUACAAGGCUCUCAAGACUUCAGAUCCCGCCCAGUUGACGCCAUGGCUCAUGUACUGGGUCGUUUUCAGCAUUUGUUUGCUGGUUGAGUCGUGGCUGUCGUUUAUCCUCUUUUGGAUUCCAUUCUACGGCUAUCUUCGCCUACUCUUCUUCCUCUACCUUAUCCUCCCCCAAACACAGGGCGCCCGCGUCCUCUACGAGGAAAAAGUCCACCCCUUCCUCGAGGAAAAUGAAACCAGUAUCGACGAGUUCAUCUCCAGAGCGCAUGAUCGCCUCAAGGCCGCCGGAAUGACCUACUUUCGCCGUGCCAUCGAAUAUCUGAAAACCAAUAUCCUCAACCUCCCUCCUUCUGAGCCCGAACCCACACCCGCCGAGUCAUCCGUCGGGCCGCAGGGCUACACGCAGUCGCUGUUGGCUCGGUUUAGUGUCCCGACGACGAGAUGGGCUGGUGCCGCUAACACCGGCAACGACUUCUACAAUUUGUUGGCGAGCGCAGUUUCCGCUGCUUCCAACGCAGGCGGGUUUGCCGGCAGCCCCGGCGGGACGUCUGGGAGAAACAUGACCGACUCGGGAACCCUGAUACCUCCGCAUGUGCAAGGCUCUGCGGAAAAGAUGAAUUUUAUCGCUGCGCAACGUGAGCGCCUCAACAUUGUGUUGAGUGCCUUGGAUCGUGAGGCUCAGCAGAUUCAACGUGAUGGGGAUGGGGGCUCACGUGGCAUGCCUCCGGGAGGCUUUGGGGGUACUAGCACGCACGAUAUAGACGACGAGGAGGCUACUCAGCGACCACCCAGUGGACUCAGCAUGUUUAGUGCGUUGAGCAAGAGUCGCAGCGAGACGGACUUUGAAAAGGUCGAGGCCGAGAGCGGAACCGAAGAUGACUCGAAUCUACGUCGGCGAAAUAUCCCAUCCGGCGCUGGCGGUUCCUGGAUGCCGUGGGGUUGGGGAGGCAGUGGUGAUACGACUCCUGGCCCGGGUGGUCCAAAGGAAGAUUAG